GGCAAGUGAGAGAUAGGAAGAGUGAGCGAAAGAGAUCUACUGCUACUGAGACCAACUACCCGCCUUACUUGUCCCAUCACGUCUUCCCCGUUUCGGGUAUCUCUUUUUCCAUUGAAACUGUUGAUAUUCGCUGAUCAACCCCUUUUCAACAUGAUCACAAUGGGGUUACGAGAGACAAUGGGUCGUGGUGGCCCACCGAAUACUACAACAUUCAUAUUCCUGCUAGGAUGUCUACUUUUCCUUGUGUCGGAUCGCUACUACACAUGUACAGCCGAGAACAUCAGACUCAAGGACUACAAGUCUGGCAAUCAGUUUAGUCUGCAAAUCACUAAUAACAAGAGACGUAGUUUGCAACAAACGACUCCAACUGAGCAGUACUUGAAUCGGAGUUCUCCAAUUGCUGAACAAGGAAAUCUACACAAACUUCACUGCUUCUUCUCCGCAUAUCCAGUACCAAUACCCCGUUGGUUCCACAAUGGUAGUGAGAUCAAUGAAGAUAAGGGAUAUCGAUUCGAAUCAAACGGUAAUACGCUUGUCUUCAAUGCAACACAAGACAAGGCUGGAAAAUAUGAUUGUCGAUUUGCAACUAAACAGGAUAUUGAUCGAUCAUUCAAUGUUGUAGUCGAGGAACUUCAAGAUAACUGAAUUUGAAACGUUUUCAAAUUGGUAUUCUCUUGUGUUAAAGAUCGCCCAACUGCUAUAUGAUAUUCAUGACUGAGAAGCUCCUCCAGGCUGAAAUCAAUGCGUGGUAGCCUAAAGAGGUUACCGUCUAUGCCUAAAGUAGGAAAAAAUUAACUUUCCUCUGUUCACCCACUUUCUGAUUUCUAGUAUUUUAAACAUUUUUUUUCUUGUUUUACCGAUCCACUCAUUACCCCAACCACUUAUUAAAAUUUUGUUCGUUUUUCUCUUAAUAUGCGUGCAAUUCACCCCCGAUUUUUUCAUUGAUCAAUAAAUUAGAGCGUAGUUUAAAAA